AGGCUUGAGCAGGAGAUCAGAUUAUCUUGCGUGUAUUAUCAUAUUUUGCUAUUCUCCAUCAUAAUUGGCCUGGUCUAAAACAUGGCUCUGCUUCCUGUAUAGCAAUCUUCUAUAAGCUUUCACGGUUUACUAUAUCAGUCGUGUUCUAGCCAACCUUUAAAGAAGGUAAUCGUGGGAUCACUGGUGCUUAUUUAGUUUCAUUUUAGGCAAUCUGAUGAGCUGAUCUGGAAUGAAAUUCUGACAAUUUAGUCAUUGUAGUUCAUUUACCAUAUUCAUCCCAUACCCUGUCACACUCAUAUAACCAACUUCCCUGUAUUUACAUUUGAUAUAUAGUAACAAAAGGGGUUCUUCUUUUCAAUGCCGUAUGCCUAAUUAUAUGUUUAUUUUUCUGGCUGGAGUUCUCUAUGUUCGUAAGUACAUAAAGUUAAGAAUUCUUUGUAUCAUUCAAGGUGAACAGUUUGCAGUAAGAUGGCACUUCUACAUAUGUAUGUUGUAUGCAGCUCAGUUAUUUAUGUUUUGCUUCUAAUGUUCAAUGUGUAACGGGAAUGGAAUACUGUUCAGAUUCUACGAGUGGAAAAAAGAUGGGUCUAAAAAGCAACCUUACUACGUUCAUUUUAAGGAUGGUCGGCCCCUUGUGUUCGCUGCUCUUUAUGAUUCUUGGAAAAACUCUGAAGAAGAGAUUCUUUAUACAUUCACUAUUGUGACAACUUCCUCGUCACCAGCUUUAGAGUGGUUGCAUGACAGGAUGCCUGUUAUUUUGGGUGACAAGGAAUCAACCGAGACAUGGCUAAUUGGUUCCUCAUCUUCAAAAUUUGACACAGUACUCAAACCAUAUGAAGCGGUAGAUUUGGUGUGGUACCCCGUGACACCUGCAAUAGGCAAGGCUUCUUUUGAUGGACCAGAGUGCAUUAAGGAGAUCAAGUUGAAGUCUGAGGCAACAUAUCCGAUCUCAAAGUUUUUUUCAAAGAAGGGAGCCAAUAGUGAACAAGAGUCAAAACCACAAGUUGGAAGCAUGCAUAAAUUGCCCAUUAAGACCAAUCAGCGUAAAAGCUUGAAAGAGGAACCUGAGACCGAAGACGAUGUGGAUUGUCCUUCCCUCACUGAAGAAUCCAGUGAUGGAUCAAAGCCUAAUGUUUCUACACUUUCUGACAAAGCAGCUGCAAAUCUGCCUAUCAAGCGAGAGUACGAGGAAUUUUCAGCUGACAUGAAGCCUUGUAUUGGGGAAACUAACAAGCCUCAAAUAAGUCCGCCUAAGAAAAAGGGAAACCUUGGUGCUGCAGGUGAUAAACAACCUACGUUAUUUUCCUACUUUGGGAAAAAAUAGUCACAUACCCCACGAUGUAUUUUCCACCUGCAUGUGCAGCUGUAGAUAGAGAUCGUAAGAAUUGACUUCUUGGAGGUGUUGUAGGGAUUUUGAUGAUUUUUUUUUACACCUUCCCUUAACUGAUGCGAAAGCUGUUGUUUGUUGUUCUUAAGAACCUAAAAAUCAUCUUCAUAUUUUGUACUCUCAUGGAAAGGGAAUUUUGUAAAACUGUUGCCACAUGUUAGCCACUGAAUGAGGUGGUCUGUUUGCAGCUCUUUGUUUUCCAGAAAUUGAUUUUGCAGGCCUGUAAA